CGCCGCAUCGGUUAGUUCACGGACGGUUCUCCAUCAGUCCACCGGCUUUUUUAGAGUUUGGCCGAAUAAUUGGCGGUGAGCAGUGAUCCACUCGUCGUCGUUUCAGUCGUUCCGAUCGUUGAUACUGUUCUUGGUUAAUUACUGUUGAUCACUAGCUAUUGUAACCUGUUUGUGAGAAGAAAUCUAUGAUCAUUGCUGUGUUUUAGGAAAAUAGAAGACAAAAUAGCGUAGCCAAAAAGCCAAUCAUCUCGCGAUAUUGAAACCUGAACAGCGGAGUGAUAUUUACUAAACACCUUCAGCAACAUAAGCAUGAUCCGAGGAGUAUCGUCGCGUAUCGCCCAACUGAACAAUGUGUCCAACGCAGUGAAAAAAUCGUGGAGAAAGCAAUGUGUACAAGCACUCAGUACAAAAAGUCAGUUUAAGUAUUUAGAGGACUACGUCUUCCCGCCGGAGAAUGGCUUCGAGCAGAACUCGCUGUACGGCACAAAGCUCCAGGUGCCUCAUACCACGCUGGAGCAGUACGUGUGGGACAGCUUCACCCAGUGGGCCAACAAAACGGCAGUGAUAUGCGGCGUUACCGGACGAAGCUACACCUAUGGACAGCUUCGCGACCACUGCGCAGCUUUGGCCAUUCGUCUGCAACAAAAGUGCAAAUUUACACCCGGCGACACCUUGGCCAUCUGUUUACCGAACAUGCCCGAAUUCCCAUUGAUAGCAUUGGGAGCCGUAGAAGCAGGCUUGGUGGUAACAACUAUCAAUCCCAUAUACACAGCCGACGAGAUCAGCAGACAACUAAUAGACAGCGAUACCAAAAUCGUAUUCGGAACAGCCUCAAACUUUGCUGUUCUGCAGCAAGCCACCCUGCUGGCGAAGAAACAAAUCCCAAUCGUUUGCGUCCGCGCAAGCCAGGAUGAAAGUAUUCCAGCUGGAGCGAUCGAUUUCGCUGAACUAUCCAAUCCCACAGGAGUUCACUUCAGCACUCUGCAGCACCACAAUCGGCAGCCCGAUGAUGUUGUGUUCCUACCGUAUUCAUCAGGCACCACCGGUUUGCCGAAGGGCGUUCAGCUGACCCAUACCAACAUCGUGUCCAACAGUGAAAUGCUCAAAGUCCCAACUGGAUUGUGUGCAGUUGUGGAACCUACAACAGACUCUUUCCAAGACGUUCUACCGUGUGUUCUACCUUUCUUCCACAUCUAUGGGCUAACGGUGACUAUGACUUCCAAGCUGGAACAAGGAUGCAAGCUCGUCACGCUUCCAGCAUUCAAACCGGAAACGUUCAUCAAUUCCCUUACUGAGCAUAAAGGAUCGGUUCUUCACCUGGUGCCACCAAUCAUCCUCUACUUGAGUGGGAACGACACGGUGAAACCCGAACAUCUGCUAUCAAUACGCAAUAUCUUUUCGGGUGCCGCACCUAUGGGAGCACCCGACGCAGAGCGAAUGAUGGCGAAAGCACCGCAAAUCCAGUUCGCUCAAGGCUAUGGACUAACGGAAACAUCUCCGGUGGUCAUGCUCGGUCCUAUGGGUUCCAAAAACUAUGCCUCCGUUGGGUCCCCUCCGGUAAGCACCCAGGCAAAAAUCGUUGCCCUAAACGAUCCGACCAACACUGCUCUGGGGCCGAACGAGAACGGAGAGCUGUUAGUUCGGGGGCCGCAAAUCAUGAAGGGUUACCACAACAAUAAACAGGCUACGGACGAAAUUCUCACCGAGGGUGGAUGGCUACGCACCGGAGACAUUGCCCAUUACGACGAGAACUUCCAAUUUUACAUCACCGACAGACUGAAGGAAUUGAUCAAGGUCAAAGGAUUCCAAGUUGCCCCUGCCGAGUUGGAGGAGCUGCUACGCGACCACCCUGCUGUAGCGGAUGCCGCCGUCGUCGGUCAACCGCAUCCGUUUUCCGGAGAAGUUCCUCGUGCAUUUAUCGUGAAGAAGAGCAAUGCCAAUAUUUCCGAAGAUGACCUGAAAAAGUACAUCGCCGGAAAGGUGGCUGUCUACAAAAAACUCGAUGGAGGGGUUACUUUCUUGGACGUCAUUCCUAAAAACGCGUCCGGGAAAAUUCUGCGGAGGCAGCUCAAACAGGAGUAUUGCUCGUGAAUAUAGUUAGGCGUAGCAGUAGGGUAAAACUUUAGAAUUAGUAUUCAACGACCUUGGUACUUCAUGCAUAUUGCCAUUCCUUGUGCGACUACUGUCGAAAUAUUUAUCAUCUGUGUAUCUAUAUCUCAUAAAUUUCAUAUGCUUAUGGACAAUCAAUCUGAUUAACUUGUACUCUGUUGUCCUAAGGUACGUAGUUAAGUAGCAUUAAAUGUGGUCGUAGUUUUAUUUUUUGAAAUAUUUUAUGGAAACUUAUUCAGUCUACCGAAUUUUGAUAUUAUUGUAGCAGUGCAAGUACUGGUUUGUGAAACAUUUUAAUAGAAAUCUGAUUAAAAUAUCAAUAAAGUGUAGCUAAUUCAGACGAA